CACAUCCUCCUGCCUCCAAGGCCUAAACUGGGGAGUGCAAAACCCUCUUUUCCUUCCUUCCAAGCCAAACUYUUCCCAGUGCAGGCCCAGAUUUUUGGGAAUUGACUUUGCCCUGUCCUUUUUUCAAUUUCAGAUCGUGAAAUUUGCCCGAGGCCUCCACGCCAAAGUGUCCCCAAUGAACGACGUUGACAUCGGUGUUUAUCAGCUGAUGCAGAGCGAGCAGCUGCUGUCACAGAAGGUGGAGUCCCUUUCCCAGGAAGCAGAGAAGUGUAAAGAGGAUGCCAGGAGUGCUUGUAAAGCUGGGAAAAAGCAGUUGGCCCUGAGGUGCCUCAAGUCCAAGCGGAGGACGGAGCGGCGCAUCGAGGAGCUGCACUCCAAGCUGGACGCGGUGCAGGGAAUCCUGGAUCGGAUCUACGCCUCGCAGACUGACCAGAUGAUGGACACUGAGGAGYUGGAGAAGGAGCUGGACAGUCUCCUGCAGGAUUCGGGGAAGGAUUCUGUGGAUCAUUCUGUGGAUUUGCCUCCCGUCCCCCAAAAGGGGCUGAGUCCCCAAAUCUCUGAUGCAGAGCUGGAGGCAGAGCUGGAGAAACUCUCUGUGUCUGCUGGAGAGGCACCACCAACAACCCCCUCCUCUUCCUCCGAACCCAAAACAGCUCUGGGACUGAACCUCUGAAGGAAGGAAGAGCCGACACCAUCCUGUCGCUGCAGUUUGGGAAAUUGUCUUAAACCUUCCUUAACUCAUGACUAAAACUUCCAAAAAAAGAGAUCCCUGGUGUCCUUUGGGGUCUCUCUCUCUCUGCUCAGAGCAGGAUCUCCUGCCGUGACAAUCCGCUCCGGCCCCGGCUGCCGUUUUGUCAUCUCCGUGCCAACAUCUGCACCGGUCUCGAUGUGCCUCGUGACCCUCAAAUCACUGCCACAUCCAAUCUUCCCUCCUGGGAAUACAAGAUCGACUCUUCUGUGGCCGGUUUGAUUUUUUAUUUUU